AUGAAAUCGAAAUAAUAUGUGUCUUAGAUAUUGGAUAUGGAUGAGUACAAAAUGCAGAUUAAGUUGUUAGAAGACAAAAAUGAAAGAUUGGUUUAAAAGAAUUACGAUUUGGUUCGUGAAAUAUCACAUUACCAAAUACAAUUAAAAGACAAAGAUUAAUAAAUAGACUAGUUGAAAAAAGAAAAUGGAUAAUUGCGAUUUGAAUUGCAAUUAGCUUUGAAAUAAGAUGAAUUCUAUAGUGCGGUGUCAUUAGAUCGAUAUAAGAAGGUGGCCUAAACAAUUUAACCAUAAAGGAAAAGAAUCUUUGAGACAAAGAAGACAACUUUGCAUAUGAAUAACUUGAGUCCCAAGAAAUGUAAUAACGAACAGGAUGAAGUCAUCAGUCCUGAGGUGGUAGAACUUAGAAAAUAUAGUGAGGAUGAAUUACAUUAAGUUGUGGUCUAAGAAAUUUAAGUGCAGGAAUACAAUUAUGAUAAUGCAUCUAAAGUUGAUUAGAUAAUACAGAAAUACUCUAAGAAGAAAUUGGAAUAAUGUAAAGGAGAGGAAUCAAAUUUUAGUUCAUAGCAGUUAUUUUAGGAACCUAUUGCUAUGGAAUCAUAAUUAAUAACAUAAAAAUAAUCAUUGUAAUAGGAAUAACAAUAAUAAUAUUCAUUAUUUGAAGAAUUUAUCAUUAUUAGUGUCUCUAAACAAACUUUAAAUGGGCUCACUAGUAAUAUUUUAGAAAAGAGGGAAGUCAACUUAAAACCUGAGAUAUUAUUUCAACAUUCAUCUGCUACAUCUUGCUAUAAGGAAUAAUUAAUAUUAUUGCCUUAAUAAAUACAUCCAUAUGGAUUAAAAGUCAAAUUAGAAGAGAAGACUCUAUCCAUGAGUAAUUUGAAUUCAAUUCUGAUGGGCGGUUAAAGUUAUGAUAGAUUAGCAGGAGCAUAUGUAAUUACUAUGAAAUCAGAAUAAACAUUUAAUAACAAUAAAAUUAUUAAUAAUGCUACUUAAAUUAAUACAGAUAAUAUCAGUGAUCUAAUCUCAAUUACUAAUAUUCACCAUUAAUUAUAUUGUGUCUGUGUUGAUGUUCCUGACUUUUAUGAUUACAAUGUUUCCAACAAUAACUCAAAAUUACAAAAGAAAUACUUUUAUUCACUCUCCAAAACCUAUUGUUUCAUCACUAAAGCUCCAAUUAUUGAUUUCUUCAUCGAAGUCAUCAAAAUUAUAAUAAACACAUUAAAAUACAAAAAAGCAGAAAUCUAUUCAAUGGUUUCAGAAUUUGAGGAUACUCUAGGAAAUAUUGAUAAUUCAUUCUAUACAUCAUUCAAACCUGAACUAUUUAAUUUUUUAACAGAAUUACAGAACUCCAAGUUUAUAAGUGAAUGCAAUUAUUAAUUUUUACAAACUCCAAUAAAAUCAUAACUCAUUCAUAGUGCAAAUGUUCAAAAUUACGAAAUCGAAUGGGCAAUCUCAUAUGCGUUAUCGCAUAUAGAAUUACCACAUUAUUUAAUACUAUUAAUCAAUAUGAUGUUGGAGUAAAAUAUCUGCAUAAUUAGUUAAAACCGCACUUUACUAAGUUCAUUAUUGUAAAUAUAGUAGAUAUUCAAUAGAAUGAUUUUACCACACAUGAUUCAACCCUUUUAACAUAUACACCCUACUAUUCAUGCUUUGACUGCCUAAUUAAUGCCAAUCCUUGAUUCUCCAGUUCCAAUUAUUUGUGGGAUUGUCAAAGAUCACGAUAAUGGAUUACGUAAUCUGGGUAUUGAUGAUGAUGAAACAUUUUUUGAUGAACAACCUCAAGUAUUGUUUUUUGAUGCUAACAAACUCAGAUUUUUUAAUUUAGCUAAGAAUCUAACAGAGAGUAAGAUGUACACUACCUUAUUUUAUAAUUUAUUCCAAACUUAUUAAUCAAUACGUCAAUAAAGUGUUCCAGGACAUUAUUUAGCAGAUAACAAUGAAGCAACAUUGAAUUUGAGUUUAAAAAUCUUAGAGGAUACUAAAACUUACAUUUAGGUGAAUUUACUUUCUUUGAUUCCGGAAGUUGAUGGUGAAAUCAACCUAGAUCAAAUAUAAGAGAAGACACUAAAUUCAACUGAGGAUGAAAUUUUCAAAUAAAUAAUAAAAACCCAAUAUUUCUCUUACUACAUCUAAUAGAAAUUCCAUCCUUUAUGA